AUGGAUCCUCGACGAUCAGCCCAUACCCCUCAAGCCCCCGCUCAGCCUUCCACCCUCUCCUCCUCGACUUCGACGCUCGCUCCCUCUGCAAACCUCACCACCACAGUAGCACAACCUUCAAAUCCGUUCGAGAUACCCCCUGCUGCCUCGACCGUCCAGCCCUUCACGGCCCCUCUGCCCGCUGCCUGCGUCGCCCAGUCCGCCAUGUCCCAAACGCAGCCCCUAAAUGCUCUCAACGACCCUGCUCGCGCCGCUGGGAUACCACUUGCGCCCGAGGGACAGAAUUCCGAGUCGGUGCCACGGUCGGAUGUACCACCCGCCACACAGCCGGCCGCGGACCCUUAUCCCCAUGAAGGCAACGGACUAGGAGGUCCGACGGCAACGGCGCCUUUCCUACAGGAUUUCAGUCUGGUCGCUGAGGCAGCCAAACGAGCACAAAUGUCUAUCGUUAUGCGUGAUCUCGAGAGUGUGACCCUCUAA